AUGAUCCAAGAGAAUAUAAAGGCAUCUCAGAGUAGGCAAAAGAGUUACCAGGAUAAGCGAAGGAAUGAUCUUGAGUUCCGAAAAGGUGGUCAUGUAUUUGUGAGAGUCACUCUUGUGACUAGUGUUGGACGAGCUUUGAAGUCUAAGAAGCUCACUCCUUAUUUUAUUGGCCCAUAUCAUAUUGGAGUUGAUGCCUAUAGAGUGGCCUUGCCACCGUCUCUUUCGAAUAUCCAUGAUAUUUUUCAUGUAUCUCAGCUUUGGAAAUAUAUUCUUGAUCCAUCUCUUACAAUCCAAAUGGAUGAUGUACAAGUGAGGGAUUAUCUAACUGUUGAAGCAUCACCAAUAAGGAUUGAUGAUCAAGAAGUGAAGCAGCUAAGGGGUAAAGAGAUUGCUCUAGUGAAGGUUGCUUAG